AGCCGGCCAGCCAACGCGACUGUAGAUCACACGCACACACACAGUCUUAACUGAAUAGUAUCACCGAAUAAACCCGACUUACGUCCGUAAUAAAGCUUGCAGAAUUCCUCAAGGGGUGAGUGUACUUGGCGCAGCUGGAUACUUGAAACUUAAUUCUAGAAGCCGAAUAAUACUACUAUUAACUAGGUACUAAGGUAGUAACUUACCAAUUGUACAUUUCCGACGGGAGUUGAACAUUCCAUUCAUCCAUCCAUCCAAUGCCUUCAUGCCUAAUCGGGGAUCGGCCGGAAGGUGCCAGUGAGUCGGCAGAAUUCACCGAUUGCCGGCCGAACUCAACUUCAACUCCUUCCAACCGGAAACUCAAGAAACUAUCAACCACGUACAUGACGAUCAUCCACCGGUCUCAAAUUCCUCUAACUUCUUUUGACAACUACCUCUGUCUCGUCAUGACUGAUGAACCGUAGAAAACAUAGCAGAACGACCGAUGAGGUCGAGAUCUCCAAGCGGCCGAAAUUCAUCGCAUGCCAGCGCUGCCAUUCGCAUAAGAUCAAAUGCUCAGGGGGUCAGCCGUGUCUCAAAUGCCGGCAGGUUGGCUGUGCCGAUGAAUGCGAGUACACGCCUCGCGAUCGGCAGGUGAAAGUAAGCGAAAGCUUCUUGCAACGCCUGCUAGCUGAGAACCAGCGUCUGCGCGAACAGCCCCGAGCGCCGGAACAUCCGACCGAUGCGGACCCAGAGGGGGGCGGCGUCUCGGGGCGCGGGCCGCCACGAGUGCCGGCAGAAGCCCCGGACCUGGAAACUGGGAAUCCCAACAACGUGCGCAAUCCCUUAAUUGGGGAUCGCGCCUGGUUCCAUCCUUACGAUCCCUCCGCACCGCCUAUCUUCAUUGGGGAGGCCGCCUGCACCGCGUUUGCGACGCGCUUCCGGCGCUUCCUGACGGGGAGUAACGCCACCGCCCACAUCCCUCGCACCCAGUACGUCCACGACGAGAGCAUCAGCGCGGCCACCGCGGGCGAGAUUGGCUGGCCGAGUCUGCAGCAGGCCCGGCUGUUGCUGAAGAUUGCCCUGCGGCAGAUCGGGUUCAUUUACCAUCUGGUCCUGCGCAAAUCGACGACGGAGAAGCUCGAGGAGAUCUACCAGACGGGUGACUUCGAGGCCAAGGUCCACCAAUGCAAGUUCUUCGCGCUCUUCGCCUUUGGCGAGGCAUAUUCCAUGCGAAAUGAGCCGUCCUCGGGGUCGCGGGUGCCAGGGACCAAGUAUUUCGCGCGUGCGCUUAGCCUCGUGCAAGUGCUGCCGGAGCGGACGAGCAUCGCCCAUUUGGAGACGCUCUUGUUGCUGUCUUUGUUCUCCUAUUACCUGAACCGGAGGCAUUCAGCCUACGUGCUGAUUGGCAGCGCGAUGCGGUUGGGGUUGACGAUUGGUCUGAACCACAACAUUCCCGAAUCGCAGUUGAUCGACCCGGUGGAACGCCAGCAUCGCGUGCGUAUCUGGUGGACGAUCUACAUCUUCGAUCGCAUGUGGGGCUCGAAGAUGGGAGUGCCGUCUCAGAUCCUGGACGAUGAUAUUCAUCUGGACAUGCCGUCGACAAUCACUCCGAUCGCCUUGCACGAGGAGCAGUUCUCGGACACGGAAUACUUAAAGGCGAACAUCAGUCUGGCGCGGAUUGUUGGCGAGACGAUCGCCAAACUGUACAGUCGACGCAAGUACAGCGAGACGUUUCUGCAGCGCGUGCAGAAGUUGUUGAAAGCGCUGAAGAACUGGGUGGAAACGCUACCGGAGCACCUACGUUUGAAUCAAGAGGAACCGGAAACGAGUCGCACACCGGUCGGAUCGUUGCAUUUAUCCUUCAACCAGUGUGUCAUCAUCACCACGCGCCCCACCCUCCUCCACAUCCUCAUCAAGCUCAGCGAGCCCGAGUCGGAGGAGAUUUCCCAACCGGUUCUUACGCUGGGGGAGGCGUGCGUGCACGCCGCCCGGCACACCCACUCCAUCAUCCUGACGCGGUGGAUCAACGGCUCCAUGCCCACGUUCGGCUACUUCCACGCGCACUACCUGUUCUCGUCCGCGCUGGUCCUCGCCAUGUCCAGCUUCACGCCGAUGGGGAGCGCCGCCGACAUGAACUCGUUCGAGACCGGGCUGGAGGUGCUCCGCUCGAUGAGCGAGAACGGGAACCUGGCGGCGUCGGAGUUCUACCAGCACCUCAAGGUGGUCCACGAGUGUCUGGGGCGGUAUCUGAGCGACCGCCGGCGGAGCCAGAAUGCGGCCGCGGCGGCGACGGCGGCGAUCGGGCCCGGGGUGGCGACUGCGGCGGUGGUGUCGACGACGGUGGAUGGGCCGGCGGCCGCCACGGCCGGGGUCGAGGAGUUCUUGCCCGUGGAGCUCCGGGACAGCAGUGGGGGGUUCACGACGGCGAUGGCGUUUAUGGAACCCACGAUGCAGGACUUUCUGGCGCAGAGUGAUUUCGAUCUAGGGAUGUUGCAGGUGGAUACGUAUUUGAAUGAGGGGGGGUAUGAGGGGAUGACCAGUAGUCAUUGACCUGUGGGGUUUCUGGGAAUGAUACCUGAUACACUAGUAUCGUGAUAUAGAGGAGACAUGAUGACGAAGAGCUUCGUAUUGGGGUCAGAUUGCGGAGAAGAACCGCCCAAGACCAAUCCAAAUAGAUCCCCACAAUACGAACCACCAUCACCACAACGAUCAUCAAAGGAACCACUUGCCGGGUCAGACCAACUAAUUCCAUAGGUCGUCGCUAUGAUACCUUUAAUUCCGUGGUAAAACCCCGAUCCCAUAAAGAUGAACAACAUUAAUGCCACAAUCUACAUUCCCUUU